AUGUGCCACCGGCGCUGGGAGGAGGGGCACGGCGCGGGGGGGCCCCGGGGUCUGCCGAGCCGAGCCGAGCCGAGCCGAGCCGAGCCGAGCCGAGCGGGGCCUCUGGGCGGCGACGCUCGGGCGCCGAACUCGUUCGAUGGUUUCCGCCCGGCAGCCGGGGCCCGCGCGGUCCAGUCGCCAGGGGGCGCGCUGGCCGGCGCCGCGGAUCUCCGAGCUGCGCGGCCCGAUUGGUGUCCGCCAUAUUGGAUGCCGCAGCCGCUGCUGCCAGCGCUUCUUCCUCUGUCUUCGCCGUGCGCUGCUGGUUCCUGCGGCCCGAGCGGCGGGGAGGUGAAACAGGAGCCUGUCGCAGGAAGAGGAAGAAGGGGGUGGAGAGUAUCCCCCUCCUCGCGGCCACGCCGCCGCCCCCGUCUCGCUCUCCCCACCCAGUGCAGUGGCCGCCGCCUCUUCCGCCGCCGGGCUCGGAGCCUCCGCAGCGACAACAUGGAGGCCGUGAAAACCUUCAAUAGCGAGUUGUAUUCCCUGAAUGACUAUAAACCACCCAUUUCUAAAGCAAAAAUGACCCAAAUUACUAAGGCAGCCAUCAAAGCUAUUAAGUUCUAUAAACAUGUGGUACAGAGUGUUGAGAAAUUUAUUCAGAAAUGUAAACCAGAAUACAAGGUACCUGGACUUUAUGUUAUUGACUCCAUUGUGCGACAAUCCAGACAUCAGUUUGGUCAAGAAAAGGAUGUGUUUGCACCCAGAUUUAGUAAUAACAUCAUUAGCACUUUCCAGAAUUUAUAUCGUUGCCCUGGGGAUGACAAGAGUAAAAUAGUGAGAGUAUUAAAUUUAUGGCAGAAGAACAACGUAUUUAAGAGCGAGAUUAUUCAGCCUCUUUUGGACAUGGCAGCAGGGAUUCCUCCUCCCGUUGUCACCCCUGUUUUGGCUAGCACUACUGCUGCGAUGAGCAAUACUCCAGGAACUCCAGUGACACCUGUUACUCCAGCCAAUGUGGUCCAAGGCUUACCUGAUCCAUGGGUUUCUCAGAUAACAAAUACAGAUACGCUUGCAGCAGUGGCUCAGAUCUUACAAAGUCCUCAAGGCCAGCAGCUUCAGCAGUUAAUACAAACUUUGCAGAUACAACAGCAGAAGCCCCAGCCUUCCAUUCUGCAGGCACUGGAUGCUGGCCUUGUUGUUCAGUUGCAGGCUCUUACAGCACAGCUCACAGCUGCAGCUGCUGCAGCCAACACUCUGACUCCCUUAGACCAAGGAGUCUCUUUUAACAAGAAGUUGAUGGAUAGGUUUGAUUUUGGGGAAGAUUCUGAGCAUAGUGAAGAAGCUAAAAAGGAAAUUCCAACUUCUCAACUUUCUCAUGUUUCAGAGUCUGUGAACAAUUCUAUUUUUCAUCAGAUAGCAGAACAGCUACAACAGCAAAACCUUGAACACCUCAGACAGCAACUCUUGGAACAGCAGCAGCCACAAAAGGCCACUCCUCAGGAUAGUCAAGAAGGAACAUUUGGGUCAGAGCAUUCAGCUUCACCAUCUCAAGGGAGCAGUCAACAGCAUUUUCUUGAACCUGAAGUUAAUUUGGAUGAUACCAUAGAUAUUCAACAACAGGAUAUGGAUAUAGAUGAAGGGCAAGAAGGAGUAGAAGAGGAGAUGUUUGAGCAGGAAACUAAGAAAGCGGCCGUUCGCUCAAGAUCAAGAACCCAUUCACGAUCUCGUUCAAGAUCACCAAGAAAACGAAGAUCUAGAUCACGGUCAGGUUCUCGAAAGCGCAAACACAGAAAGCGAUCGCGCUCCCGCUCCAGGGAAAGAAAGAGGAAAUCAUCACGCUCAUACUCGAGUGAAAGGAGAGCAAGAGAACGGGAGAAAGAACGACAGAAAAAAGGAUUACCUCCAAUUAGAUCUAAAACAUUAAGUGUGUGUAGUACUACUCUGUGGGUUGGUCAGGUGGACAAGAAGGCAACACAGCAGGAUUUAACCAAUCUGUUUGAAGAAUUUGGGCAGAUUGAAUCCAUUAAUAUGAUUCCUCCCAGGGGCUGUGCUUAUGUCUGUAUGGUUCAUCGACAAGAUGCCUUUCGAGCUCUUCAGAAACUUAGUUCUGGAUCGUAUAAAAUUGGGUCCAAGGUCAUUAAGAUUGCUUGGGCUUUAAACAAAGGUGUAAAAACAGAAUACAAACAAUUCUGGGAUGUGGAUCUUGGAGUCACAUACAUACCAUGGGAAAAAGUUAAAGUGGAUGACUUAGAAGGUUUUGCAGAAGGAGGCAUGAUUGAUCAGGAGACUGUAAAUACUGAGUGGGAAACUGUGAAAAGUUCAGAACCUGUUAAAGAGACGGUCCAGACAACUCAGAGUCCAACUCCAGUUGAAAAGGAGACAGUGGUCACAACCCAGGCAGAGGUUUUUCCUCCACCUGUCGCUAUGUUGCAGAUUCCAGUGGCUCCAGCUGUGCCUACAGUUAGUUUAGUCCCACCAGCGUUUCCUGUGUCAAUGCCAGUUCCUCCUCCUGGAUUCAGUCCAAUCCCUCCACCUCCAUUUCUGCGAUUUAACCCUUCAGAACCACCGCCAGGUUUCAUGCCGCCUCCUGUUCCCCCACCUGUUGUACCACCCCCUACGAUUCCACCAGUGGUACCAACAUCGUUAGUGCAGCCGCCAUUGUCCAUGACCCCAGAAACUGUGAAAGAUGUUGGAUUUGCUAGUCUUGUUAUACCAGGUGGUUCUGUUGCCAGCAGUCUUGCUACUUCCACUCUGCCAGCUGGAAAUGUUUUUAAUCCUCCAACUAAACAAGCAGAGCCUGAAGAAAAAGUACCUCAUCUUAUAGACCACCAGAUUUCUUCUGGUGAAAACACCAGAUCAGUGAUUCCAAAUGAUAUUCCAAAUAACGCUGCAAUUUUAGGAGGCCAGCCACCAAAUGUAACAAGCAAUUCUGGAAUUCUAGGAGUCCAAAGACCAAAUGUAUCAAGCAAUUCUGAGAUUCUUGGGAUCCGGCCUUCUAAUGUUUCCAGUGGUUCUGGGAUGAUUGGAGCCCAACCACCAAAUAUUCUGAAUAACUCUGGAAUUUUGGGAAUACAGCCUCCACCAAGUGUGUCGAGUAGUUCUGGACUUUUGGGGGUGCUACCCCCAAAUAUACCUAACAAUUCUGGACUUGUAGGAGUACAGCCACCAAAUGUUCCAAAUACAUCUGGACUUCUGGGAACACAGCCACCAGCUGGACCUCAAAAUUUACCCCCUUUAGCUAUUCCUAAUCAAAGGAUGCCUGUAAUGCCAAUGUUAGACAUUCGUCCAGGACUAAUACCCCAGGCACCUGGACCAAGAUUCCCUUUAAUACAGCCUGGAAUACCACCCCAACGGGGAAUCCCUCCCCCAUCAGUACUUGAUUCAGCUCUUCAUCCACCACCCCGUGGACCUUUUCCUCCAGGAGAUAUUUUUAGUCAGCCAGAAAGACCUUUUCUAGCUCCUGGAAGACAAAGUAUAGACAAUGUUACUAACCCAGAAAAAAGGAUACCACUUGGGAAUGAUAACAUUCAACAGGAAGGCGAUAGAGAUUACCGUUUUCCUCCUAUAGAAAGCAGAGAAAACAUUAGUAGACCUCCCCCUGUGGAUGUUAGAGAUGUGGUUGGGCGUCCUAUUGAUCCAAGAGAAGGUCCUGGACGGCCUCCAUUAGAUGGUAGGGACCAUUUUGGAAGACCUCCUGUAGAUAUAAGAGAGAAUCUUGUGAGACCAGGUAUAGAUCAUCUUGGUCGAAGAGAUCACUUUGGCUUUAAUCCAGAGAAGCCCUGGGGGCAUAGAGGAGAUUUUGAUGAGAGAGAGCAUAGGGUUCUACCUGUCUAUGGUGGUCCAAAAGGCUUACAUGAAGAAAGAGGUCGAUUUCGGUCUGGAAACUAUCGAUUUGAUCCUAGAAGUGGUCCUUGGAACAGAGGAUUUGGACAAGAAGUUCACAGAGAUUUUGAUGACCGCAGAAGACCCUGGGAGAGGCAGAGGGAUAGGGAUGACAGAGAUUUUGAUAUCUGCAGAGAAGUGAAUGGAAAUCGUCUUGGACGAGAUCGAAUUCAAAACGCUUGGGUCCCCCCUCCUCAUGCUCGGGUUUUUGAUUAUUUUGAAGGGGCCACUUCUCAACGUAAAGGUGAUAAUGUGCCUCAGGUUAAUGGUGAAAAUACAGAGAGACAUGCUCAGCCACCACCUUUACCAGUACAGAAUGAUCCUGAACUUUUUGAAAAACUGACAUCUUCAAGUGAGAUAAACAAGGAGAAGAGUGACACAGUUGCUGAUAUAGAAAGUGAACCAGUGGUAGAAAGCACAGAAACUGAGGGGACAUAAUCAUCACUCAGUAGGUAAAAGAUACCUUUUGUAAAGUUGUCAUCUCUCUGUAAUAGAUUAAUGGCUGACUGGACCAUAGUUGUUCACUUUUGUCUGCCAGAAUAAGUUAAUCUGAUGUUCAUGUUCACCUUUCUCUUAAAAUAAUUGUACAACUGACUUGUAUAGACAUUGUUCUUAAUAUGAACAUGGUAGGUAAACAUUUCUUUUUUAAUUUUUCUGAUAAAAUAUAAAUGUUGCACCCAGAUUCUUUUAACGUCAAGGAAAUGAAUAACAGCUUGUCAGAGACUUCCUAUGGAAGAAAGAAUUUUUUAGAUACUAUCAUUAGGUUGGAUAUGGUAAUAGAUAUAUUUCAAAAUAGCAAGUGGUGGUAUAUCUUAUCCAUAUCUUUAGGCUGCUGCAGAAUUUUAAGGUAAUAGACAAAGCUGUGAAAUUUUAUGCAAAGACUGGCUCUAGAAAUUUGAGGAGCACAAUACAGAGAUUUUUAAAAAGUGAUUUUGUAAAAUCUACACUAUGGUCUCUGUUUCUCCAAAGUAAGUGUGUGUGAUUUGUUCCUCAUACUGCAGUGAGAAAACAAAAAAAAAAAAAACAAAAAAAACCAAGAAAAUAUCAACAUAAAUAUUAAAGUACAUUUCAAUGUUGGGUGAAUUUUGUUUUUAGAUGCCAAUAAAACUUACUUGUUUGAUAA